CUCUCACUCUCUUUGGCAGGACAAUAAACACCAAACUGUUUUUCUCUCUCUCCAAAAAAAGCCAUUACUCCGAGCUGACUAGAGCUCUACUCAACCUUCCAUUGGCCAACGACGUCGUUUGCUCCUCACGAACCCUAACGAACUCCUAGAAAAAAAAGUCAACGGAUCGAGAGGGGGAGGGAGACGGAGGAGGAAGGCGGCAUCCUCUUCCUCUGCCCCUGAUGUAGCUUGCUUACAACCAUGACGAAGGUAAUGAUGAUGACCGGACGAAAUGACGUCGCUAGAUUCGUAGCUCACAAUGAAGAAGACGACGACGAAUGUUUCUUCGAGUCUCUCGAUCGCGUCCUCUCUUCCUGCUCCUGCUCCACUUCCAACUCCGACUACGACUCCGACCCCACCGCGAUCCGCGAUCCGAAUCCGAAUCCGUUUCCCCUCCCCUCCGGGUUUGAUCUCUGGAAAUCCGAGCCCGAGUCCGUAUCCGAGAGACGGAUCAGGCUCCUGCGCGGGUUAGGACUCAACAACGAGCCGGAUCUCGCUACGGCGAGCCGUAAGAAAGGCAUCUGCAGCUCUCAUUUCGCCAGAUCGAGCCACGGUAAUAAAUGCGAUAACGGUAAGGCUCUACGGUACACCGGAUCUCGUUGUUCUCUCAAUGAUCGUAGCAAUGUGGUUCUUGAUUUCGUAAGCAAAGAUCCGCGUAGGGACACUGUGCUAGAGGAGCAGAUGUGCACGAUUAAGAAUCUAGAUAACGGCAAGGAGUUUGUGGUGAACAAAGUGAGAGAAGACGGAGUGCUGGAGAAGUUGAAGGAGGUAGGUACGGAUCGGCAACUGACUCUGGAGGAGUUUGAGAUGUGUGCCGGGACGUCACCUAUUGUACUAGAGCUGAUGAGGAGGCAGAGCGUUGAAGAAGACGUUGUUUGUAAAGACUCUGUGGAUUUGAGCACCAGCGUGAGUGGUGGGACUAAGCAUAGAUGGAAAGGGAGUUGGUUCAAGAGUAUAAAGAACGUUGCUAGUAGCGUGACAGGGUAUAAAGUUGAGAGGAGAAGCACUGAUGAUAAUAGGGAUUCGCCGUCGGAGAGAGGAGGGCAGAGGCUUAGCUCCGCGACUGAUGAUAGCCGAGACAUGUCGUUUCAGGAUCCGGAGAGAGUUAAGGUUAGGCAGUAUGGGAAGGCGUGUAAAGAGCUCACGGGGGUUUUCAAGAGCAAAGAGAUUGAUGCUCAUAAAGGGUCGAUUUGGUGCAUUAGGUUCAGUUUGGAUGGGAGGUUUCUUGCUAGUGCUGGCGAGGAUUGUGUGAUUCAGAUUUGGGAGGUUGUUGAAUCGGAAAGGAAAGGGGAACUUUUGUUGAUGGAUAAACAAGACGAUGGAGGCGUGAAUUUGUCGGUAUUGGCGAAUGGAUCUCCGGAGCCAGCUUCAGUGUCUCAAAUGAGGAGAGGGAGAACAUCUUUUAGCAGAAAAUCAGUGAGUCUUGACAAUGUCCUGGUUCCAGAAACAGUCUUUGGGCUUUCAGAGAUACCCGUGUACUCGUUUGUAGGGCAUUCGGAUGAUGUGCUUGACCUUUCGUGGUCGAAAUCUCAGCACCUGCUUUCCUCUUCUAUGGACAAGACAGUUCGCCUAUGGGAUUUGUCUAGCAAGACAUGUUUGAAAGUCUUCUCGCAUAGUGACUACGUGACGUGCAUCCAGUUUAAUCCCGUAGACGAAAAUUACUUCAUCAGUGGGUCAUUGGAUGAAAAAGUCCGAAUAUGGAGCAUUCAUGAUCAUCAAGUUGUUGAUUGGAAGGAUCUUCAUGAGAUGGUCACAGCUGCCUGCUAUACACCGGAUGGUCAGGGUGCAUUGGUUGGUUCAUACAAGGGGACUUGUUGCUUAUACAACACAAAUGAUAACAAACUGCAGCAGAGAAAGGAAAUCAAUUUGAAGAACAAGAAAAAGAAAUCCAAUCACAAGAAAAUCACUGGUUUUCAGUUUGUGGCGGGAAGUUCAUCGGAAGUGCUGGUCACAUCUGCAGAUUCACGUGCGCGUGUGGUUGACGGUGUUGACCUUGUUCACAAGUUUAAAGGAUUCCGCAACGCCAACAGUCAAAUCUCGGCCUCACUUACAUCAAACGGGAAAUUCUUAGUCUCAGCGAGCGAAGACUCUAAUGUCUAUGUAUGUAACUAUGACUCUGAGACUCGAGCUGGUAGAAGCAAACGUGUAACAGUCACAAACUCAUACGAACACUUUUACUGUCGAGACGUCUCUGUGGCUGCACCUUGGCCUGGCAAAAUCAGUAACAACAACAACAACAGCCCCGACCAAUCGCUUUUCACAGCCAAUAACCCUCCAACACCUGUCAACGAUCCAGUCAACAACACAGCCGUCACCAACGGUAUCAUUUCGAAUGCCACAAAUGGCUACUUCUUCGAGAGAAUGUCAGCGACUUGGCCCGAUGAGAAGCUUUUGCUUGCUGCAAAGAACCGAGCACGAACUAGCCCUAGUGUGAGCAUAGACUUGUCUAAUGGACCGGUUAACACAAAACCGAACGGUUCGGCUUGGUCUAUGGUGAUCGUGACCGGCGGUUUACGAGGUGAAAUCAGAACUUUUCAGAAUUUUGGAUUACCGGUUCGUCUUUGAAGACGAGGAGAAAGUGGUUUUUUACUAGGGAGCAUAGACUUGGCUAAUGGACCGGUUAACACAAAACCGAACGCUUCGGCUUGGUCUAUGGUGAUCGUGACCGGCAGUUUACGAGGUGAAAUCAGAACUUUUCAGAAUUUUGGAUUACCGGUUCGUCUUUGAAGACGAGGAGAAAAUGAUUUUUUUUACUUGGGUAAAAAACCAUCUCUAUUCAAAAGUGUGUAUAGAGAGAAGGUUAGUUCUUCCACUUACCUCUUUUUUUUUUCCUUUUACCACGCCUCUUUUAUUUAUUUUUUUCCUUAAUAUUUGUUCUCUCUGAAAUUCAAAUCUUUAGGAAAUACAUAUAUAUAAUUAUUUUUAAUGUGAAAAAUCAGAUAGCUGAAAAAAAGAAAAUUCAUGUACUGCAGUGUUUUAUGUAUUAAAGUUGAACUUUGUGUAGAGUUUGUCUUUGCAGUAUUUUGUAUACACAUUCUGUAUUUUUACAUUUGACAUUUCUAUACAUGUAAAAAUCAAUUGAAUAGAGGUUUUUGUUUAUCAAUUCAUAAUCAUUUCAAUGA